AUGGCGUCGUCUCGAUGGAAGCGGUUUGCCUUCUUUGAGCGCAACACGCUUAGUCUUCCUUCUGAAGUAUUGGAAGACAUUAUCCCACGCUCUUCAAAUCAAACAAACCGUUCCAACAGCAAAGCCGCAAAUGAUUCGGUCAGUUUGGUUGUCACGACAGCGGCAUUGCCCAUGAAUUCCAAGCCAAAGAAAUCGAACGCCACUGGAAUUAAUGCCGAUGAUUCCGCAUUAACAGAUAUGUGGUCCAGUCUUGCGGCCUGUGCUCCUAUCGAAGUGCUCGAGGAGAGUGGGGCCAUUCGACUUCCAAGUCAGGCACAAAUAUUUCAAGAUGAUAGCAAUGUUCCUCCAACCGGAGCUGCAAUGGAUGGAUUGGUGUUAGCAUUUAUCACUUCUACAGAUACCGAGUAUGUUCACUGCUUUGAUGUUACCGUCAGAUGCAAUCCACCAGAUUCUUCAGAGAAAGAUUUGGAAGAUAUGGAUGGAUGGAGAGGUUACAUUGCACCGUUCAAGGGGCAAGCAAAGCCCUCUCGGGGCGGAAACGCUCCUCAAAGUGCUGAAGAUCGUAUCAUUUCAGAAUAUAUGGAAGCUGAUAAAACGGAGGGAAUCAUUGGUAUUGCUACUUGCAGAGCCACUAUUGGACACCGCCCACUGCACAUGGCUUGCAUUUCGAAGAAAAACGUCAUGGUGUGUGUCGAUCCGCAACUUUAUUUGUCAUGUCGCAGACCGCUUGCAACUCCAGACAAAUUGGAAGCCAAGUCAUUCUUGCUUUCGGUUCCGUGGCCAGAAAGUAGUGGGAAUGCAUGUGCUGUCGACGUUUACCCAGGUGUUGUUGCUGUUGGUACAGACAGUGGAGUGGUUCACGUCUACACCUAUGGUGGUGGCAGGCAGAUUAUUCGAUCCUACUUGACCAUCCCACCACCUCCAUCACCUGGACUGUCGGUUGCAUCGUGCAAGAUAUCGGUGGGAAAAGACAAGGCCAGCGUCUUUGUCGCCUACAAGAGAGCAUUGAAUUCUUCCUCGCCUAGAUCGAAUGUUGGGGUUUGCUGCUAUGACAUGCCAGUGCCCGGACCAAAACCAGCCACUGGGAAAGCGGGUUCCAGCUUUGCUUUGGUGGCUUCUACAGAUGCCAAAUCACGUCGAGAUGCCGUGGACAUUUACGAUGCCACAAACAAGCUUGUAGCAUUUCACCUGCUUUUGUCACCUGGGCAUCGAGCAGUCAGAGCGGCUGGCGUAUCGACUUCACCACAACGCUUGUCGGACGGAACCUUGCGAAGCGGCAGAUCAUCUGCCAUUCUGUUUACCUCUGGUGGAUCACUUGUCACCUUGACGGAAAAGGGCACUACUGAGAAGGUCAAUCUUUUGGUUCAAAAGAACCUAUACUCGGCAGCUGUUUUUGUGGCGUAUGGUGAUCCAUCGUUUGAAACUGCCGACAUUACAUCACUUUACCGCAGGCAUGCUGAAUAUCUUUACCGCAAGGGAGAUUACAGUGGUGCCAUUGAUCAAUACAUUCAUACGAUAGGUUCCCUUGAACCUUCUCAUGUUAUUUUCCGGUAUUUGGAUGCUCCCAAGAUUCCUCUAUUGGUGAAGUAUCUUGAAGAACUCCGAUCCAGAGAGUUGACAACACCGGUGCAUAAUGAAUUGCUCCGAACAUGUUAUUUGAAACUAAACGAUGAUGAGAGUGCAGAGUCGAUUGCGGCCUUGGCCCACCGAUCGGUUGAUACAGAAUCUCUUUCGUCCAUCGUUACAAACUCGCCGAAGGAUGGCCUUGCAUUGAUUUGCUCGUUCGACGCACCCCAAGCAGCAGAGUCGCUGGCGAUACACGGAGCUUCGCUUGCACGACUAAUGCCAAGGGAGACUGCUGGAUUGGUGGUGUCACUGUGCCUUGGCACCUUUUCACCAGCAAAGUUCUCGGAAUCAUCAUCGGCAAUCGUUGCCGAUUGUAAGAAAAUGCUAGAAUAUGCGUUUGAUGAAAGUUCACGCAAUUGCGAACCAUACCCAGUGCACAUAUUUGCCUCUUCCUUCAUGGAGAACCCAAAGACUCUUCGAUUGAUUCUCGCACAUUGUAACCGAAACAAGUGUAUCUUGACGCCAUCAUUGAGGCGCACACUGCUGGAAUUGACGCUUGCAGAAUGGAAUCAAGCAAAACGAAACGGAGAUACGGAAGCUGAAAAAAUGCGAAGAAAGGAAGCAAUUGCUGCUCUGACGGAUUCUCAUAGCAGGGAUAUUGGAGACUACGACGCGCUAGUGAUUGUACAGUUGGCCGGUUUUGAUGAAGGUGAACUUUUGCUGUACGAGCGUUUGCAAAUGGGCCCAAUGCUCUUGUCGCGAUACGCGAAGGACGGAUCAGAAAAAGCCCGCCGGCAAAUGUUGGCGAUGUGCCAAAGUGAUCCUGAAGUCUUGGCAGAUGUUCUUGGCCAAUUUGUUGCGAUGGUUGCGGAGCUUCCAAUAGAGGACAAUGGAGUAAAUGACACACCAGGAGAUGAGUCAGAUUAUGACGAAGCAAGCGAAAUCUUAGAAGACAUUCAAGAAGCCUUGUCACUCGCACGUAGACAAGGAGCUUUACCGCCUGUUCGAAUUGCUCGAAUUCUCGCAGGCGAGGGAACGGGUCAAUUCAGCAACGUUGGAGCUGCCGAGAAGGCGCCACAGCAGCGGACUGUCCCGUUGUCGGUUGCGCUGGACUACGUUGGGACAAUCCUGGAUGAAUCUCGGCAAGAAAUUGGUCGUCUACGAUCAGAAGUCGACGAGUACAAUCAGUUAUGCAACUCAAUGGAAAAGGAAGUGGAAUCUUUGUUGCGGGCUUCGCAGGGACUCCCGGCGAAGAAGGAGGCCAAGCGAUCGUCCAAGCUCGAUGUGGAAGAGAUGUAUGCGAAGGUGCGUAUGGCACUAGACGAUGGUGGAAAAUCUGAAGAUGCUGCUGCGCUAUCACGAGAGGCUUUCUGGAGAGAAAUGGAGCAAACGGAUGAUAGCUUCCAGACGAUAUCUAGAUUCUUUGCAAAAGACGUCAUCGAGUGA